AUGUCUCCAUGCCAAGCUGUGUAUAGUACAACUCCACCAACAAUCUCUAGAUUUCUUCCUGGUUCUACAACUGUGCAUGAUGUUGACAUAUUGCUACGAGCUAGAGAUCGUACAUUGAAGAUACUUAAGUUUCAUAUUCAAGCUGCACAAACUCGGAUGAAGACUUGUGCUGAUGCUCAUCGCACUGAACGGAGUUUCAACAUCCAUAAUUGGGUAUUUUUAUGUUUGCAGACGUAUAAACAGUCAUCAGCGGUUGCCCAACCAUUCAACAAGCUUUCUCCUAAGUAUUAUGGUCCUUUUCGUGUCAUUGAACGCAUAGGAGAAGUUGCUUAUAAGUUGCAAUUUCCAGUAGAAAUCCGUAGUCACCUAGUCUUUCAUGUUUCACAGCUAAAAUUAAAGCUUGGCUUUUCUGUUAAUGUUGAGACUAUCUUACCUACUAUCAUUGAUUAUCACAAAUGGGAACCUGCUAAUGCUUUGGAUCGAAGAUGUUUAAGAAAGGAAAUAAGGCUGGUACUCAAUGAGACUAGUUCUCCGGUUGAAGCAACAAAACUAUCUCUUGAUUCUCUACCAAGAGCUAUCAAUACCAUAUUUUUAGUUCCUGUUGAUUUAAGUGACCUUUCUGAUGAUACUGAGAUCGGUGCUAUCGGUAUUGCUGAUGAAUUUCAUAUCAACUCUUAUAUAUUUAUUUCAUCAACUGCUAUGCUUUUGUCUUCAAUUUACAAUGCACCCAAACUGGACCAGGCUUACUCUUGUGAGUAUAGAGAUGUGCCUGGCCUGAUUCAGAUUCUAGGUUGUGUACCGAUCCGCGGGGUUGAUCUUAUGAACCCAUUUGAAGACAGGAAGACAGAGGCUUAUGCAAGUUUUUUGCAGUAUUGGAAAAAGUUAAAUUUGGGCAAGGGCAUCUUCAUUAAUAGCUUUGAGGAAAACGAACAUGAUGCUAUUGAGGUUUUGAAUGGGAAACAAUGGGAUAAUCCGCCGGUUUACGCAAUUGGACCGCUUACUAGAACGGGUGUCUGCGGAUAUGAUGAGUCGGGUUAUCUGAAAUGGUUAGAUAAUCAACCACCCGAAUCUGUUCUGUUCGUGUCGUUCGGUAGCGGAGGAACUCUCUCUGGUGAGCAACUGACUGAAUUGGCUAUAGGGUUGGAAAUGAGUGAACAAAAGUUUUUGUGGUUUUUGAAAAGUCCUGCUCCUAGGGACAUGGCUGCAAGUACAUCUUACUUGAGUACUCAAAGUGUUGAGGAUCCUUAUGAAGUCUUACCAAAAGGGUUCUUGGAAAGAACCCGAAAUUUGGGGUUGGUUGUUUCUUCAUGGGCACCACAAGUUGAAAUCCUUAGUCACAAAUCAAACGGUGGGUUUUUAAGCCAUUGUGGGUGGAACUCAACCCUUGAAAGCAUCUUGCAGGGUGUACCCUUAAUUGCAUGGCCACUCUUUGCAGAGCAGACGAUGAAUGCGGUUAUGCUCACAGAAAACAUGAAAGUAGCUCUAAGGCCUACACCAAUGGAAAAUGGGAUAACAGGACGUGAUGAGAUUUGUAAGGUUGUGAAGGAACUUAUGGAAGGUGAAGAAGGAAUGAAACUUAAGAGUAAGAUGGGUGAACUCAGAAGUGCUGCGUCUAGGACAUUGUCCGAAGGUGGCUCCUCCUUCAAAACAUUUGCCGAGGUCGUAAAUGCGUGA